UUGGCCUGUGUGUGGCUGGGGACUGUAGUGGUAUGUUGAGGUGCUUUUGCUUAUAAGAGAAAUCCCUGGGCACAUUUAUUGUGAAUUAUUCUCACAUUUAUUUACAAGUUUGGGAGAAAAACCCAGUGUUUGUGCCAAUGUUGGAAAUAUGUAAGUUGUGGUGUUCUCAAGAUGCUCUUCCUGUCCCUCUGCUGUUCUGAAUGUCCCUGUAUGCUGUGCAGUGCGCCUGGAGUAAAAAUCCAUGAGCAGGCCCCUUUGCCUGCCCCCUUGCUCAGCAGAAACAAGAUACGCUUCAGAGCAUCAUCUCGGAAAAUACGUGGAGUGCCUUCAUGGCAUUCUAGGCGGAGGCUUUUUGGUACUUAUUCCAGCUGCAGUAUUCAUUGGGCUUCACAAUGAUGACUCCUGUGGAUGCUUUGGACAUGAGGACUGUGGGAAAAGCUGUGCGAUGCUGUCCUCAGUUCUGGCUGCCUUUAUUGGGAUCAUUGGUUCUGGAUAUUGUAUAAUCAUUUCAGCACUGGCCUUGUCUCAUGGACCAUACUGUUUUACUCACUUAGAAAGAAACUGGAUCUAUCCUUUCACUGAAUCCUCUGGAGGGUACUUGUUUGAGUAUAACAGGUGGUCUGAAUGUCAAGAACCUCAUAACAUUGUGCAGUGGAAUGUCACCCUCUUUUCCAUCCUUCUUGUCUUGGGAGGAAUAGAGUUCAUUCUGUGCUUCAUACAGAUAAUCAACGGCAUUCUUGGAGGACUGUGUGGGUUGUGCUGCAGUCAUGAGGAGACAUACGCUUGCUAGAAACUUGACAAUGUAUUGACGUCGGUACAUAUGUGUGAUGUAUUGAGAUAUCUGUGGGGUUUUGGGGGUUUUGGUUUGUUGUUUUUUUUUUU